AUGUUGGCACAUGGCAAUGCCAAAUGGAUGGGGCGGUGUUCAAACAUAUAUUCACGAUACAGAAUAAAGAAGCAUAGUCUAGAUUCAUACACCAAUGAUUGGAUCGGCAACCAGGAGGAAGUGACAUUGUACACUAGUGAACCAGGUUUUGCUGCACUGAGUUACAAGACUAUCUCCACCGCUCUUGACAAUUUCAAUCCGCGGAUUUUGGUCAACUCCAUUGAUUCUGGUGUUGAGUUUGCAGAAAUCAAGUGGAGCAAGAACACUAGAGGGAGAGCAAUGGUUGCACAAGAAUGUGUUACUACUCAAUUCAUUGCAGAGAGGCCCCGUACAGUCCUCUCAAAGAAACCCAUGUUCGACCGUACCUGGUCGCAGUCGAGGGCGUUGCACUUUAGGUGA